AUGGAAUGCAAUCCAUGGGAAUAUGACACGUGGCACUUUGGUAUACCAUUCGCUGGCGAACAUAUAUGGCCACAAGUACCACAGUUAUUGACAUCUGUUUGUAUAUUAGUCUCACAGCCAUUACUUACAUUUCUAUCACAAUCACCAAAUCCCGCAUCACAUGUUUUAUUCAAACAUAUACCGGAGCAACACUGUGCUGUAUUGUUAUCGGCUGUACAUUGUUUAAAACAAAAGCCGCAGUUAUUGACAUCUGUUUGUACAUUAGUCUCACAGCCAUUGCUUGCAAUUCCAUCACAAUCACCAAAUCCCGCAUCACAUGUUUGA